GUGGAGGGAGUGACCAAUUGAAGUGAGGUCCGCUAUUGGUAGUCUGUUUUAAUUUUUUAAUUUCUAGGUCACCUCGUUCUCAAUAAAAUAAAUAAAAAGUUGGGUCAGUGUAGGCCGUUUGAGCACACAUUCUUUCCGCUCUAUCCUUUUGUUUCCUUUCCACCAUAAUCGUGAAAACAAAAAUUUACAUGCUUAGAGCCGCAAACAUGGAUAAACUCUUAAUCCAACCGUUAGUCGCCCUUGUAAUCUCGUCGUUGAUCGCCGCCAGAGCCUACCGUAGAAAAUCCCUGGACCUCUCAGGGGCAAUCGCGGGUUUUGCUGUCAUGACCAUUCACAUUGCAAUCGGAUACAGGUAUGGAGCUCUGUUGCUCGUGUUCUUUUUCACAUCGUCAAAGCUGACCAAGGUUGGUGAAGACAAGAAGCGUCGCGUUGACGCUGAUUUCAAAGAGGGCGGUCAAAGAAAUUGGGUACAAGUUUUAUCGAACAGCGGGAUUGCUUCAGUCUUGGUUCUUGUUCUGUGGGCGAAAACGGGGUUGCAAGACAAAUGCUUGGACUCGAAAGAGUCGGUUUUCAUUACAUCACUGAUUGGUGGGAUUAUAGGUCACUAUGCUUGCUGCAAUGGAGACACUUGGUCUUCUGAGAUUGGAAUACUUAGCGAUGCUCAGCCUAGGUUAAUCACAACCUUCAAGCCUGUUCGGAAGGGUACAAAUGGUGGAGUUACAAAAGCAGGAUUACUGGCAGCUGCAGCUGCAGGUUCGGUUAUCGGACUCACAUAUGUGGUCUUUGGAUUUCCCACUACAAAAUGUACAUAUGAUGUAGCACUGAAGCAGCUGUUGGUGAUACCCAUUUCUACUCUUGCCGGACUAUGUGGCAGCCUCAUCGAUUCUCUUUUGGGAGCAACACUGCAAUUCAGUGGAUUCUGCACUGUUCGUAAUAAAGUUGUUGGAAAACCAGGGCCAACAGUUAAGAAAAUUUCAGGUCUUAACUAUCUUGACAACAAUGCUGUGAAUGUUGUGUCAAUACUGCUGACAACAAUCCUCACUUCCAUUGCCUGCACUUACAUCUUUUGAAAUUAACCUGCUCAACUGAAUGAUCAUCAGCUCAGAUCAUCCAUGUACCAGCACCUUAGUGCGUGUCCUUGUAAACCAUGAUUUGAAAAAGAGUUUUCUAAAUGCUAACCUACUGAUAAGUGGGCUUCACAGAGUGUUUGAGGAACUGAUACUUGGAGAUGGAUUAGUGAGUUAAGGUAAACACUGGCUGUGAUACACAAUUAUGUACACGAAAUUUGAAAGCAUGUGUUAGCGGAUAACGAUGGUUGCUGUAUCUUGCUCAACAUAUAUUGGGGAUAUAGAGAACGUGUGCAUUUAAUUUACUUCUUUUCCGUCGUG